UGACCUUGACCUUGUACUUAACCCUAGAAUGGACCUGCCAGCCGCCACCGAAGAUAAUGGUAGGCAGAGGUUCAAGAAACAGAAACGCAACGAGAAAGUCGGUUUCUACACCGACAAGAACGGAAGAGGUUCUUUUGCAUGUCAAAUGAAGCAAAAUAACGCAGACGUGUCCUGUGAUUUGAGCGCCCUGGUGACCUUCCAUGACGAGGAUUGCUACAUAGGGGUUGGAGCGGCCUCCGCCCUCUGUUUCCCACACAAGAACGGGACACUCAAGUACUACGAAGUUCCCGGGGAAGACGGAGUACGUCGUGAGGGCGGAAGUGGCAACGUUUUCAACACCCAGUUUGGCGCAAACCGGAAGAGGCGGUCAAUACUUCCGGAUGCCGGCUUCAAGGUGGUAAAGGUCGCAUUUAUCGUGGACGCCCCAUUCAUGCAACAGUUUUACGACCGUAACCUUGGUGACAACGACGCGGCUCAGAACGAGGCAGUGUUGUACGUCACGCUACUCGCUAACGAGAUGAACGUUUUCUACAGCUCCGUGAAGGAAGCAUCCGGCGGCAACUUGGAUCUGUACGUGUUCCCUUCCGACGUCGUUUACCCACAGGCUGGCACAAACUUUGCCUGGUCUGGUGACUACGUGACUGGCGAUGUCAUUGACACGGAAGGUGGUUUUGAUAAUGCGCUGUACAGCUACGUGAACAGUGGCUUCACGAGCGAGGAUUUCGACCACGCCAUGGCCAUCACCGGGUUUAACUUGGCCGGCGGAUUGCUAGGUUACGCAUAUUUGUCCACUGUGUGCAGACCCACGACUUUUCGUUACUCCAUCAACGAGUUUGCGUCAUACAACGUCGCCCCUGUCGCAGCCCACGAGCUAGGACAUGCGCUUGGUUCGUCACACGACUCGAGUAGUAACAACUGUCCCAGUUACGUGAACGUUAUGUCGCCGUACUUGGGCACUCCGUCCGGCUCCUCAGUAGACAACUUCUACAAGUUCUCAACAUGUAGUGCCAACUACUUCACAGCCCACCUCGACCGAUAUCCAAGCUGCUCAGUGAACACCGGUGGAUUGACGGACGAGCAGUUUGAGGCGGCGUUCUGCAGCGGCCUCCUUGGUCAGCGGGACUCUAGCCUUGACCUCCAGUGUAAGCGGCGCACAAGAAACCCCGACAGCACAGCCUGCAGCCUGUCUGUGAGCGGGGACGCGGGUUGCUAUAGCAGCGGGCAGGUGUCGUGCCGAACCAGCCCGGGGGGCUCGUGCUCUACCUCACUGUCAACCUACGUCUGGAACGGGACUCCUUGUGGCUCAGGAACGAUGUGCUACAAAGGCCGAUGUGUCUCCAAGUUCAACAUAUGUCCAAGCGGAGAAACCCCUACAACACCAACAAUGACAACAACAACGACGCCUGCACCGACGACGACAGCCCCAGCACCCUGCGGCUGCUGCGGCAUGUGGCCAAAGAAAAAGAAGAAAUGUUGUCGUUGGGGCCGCCGCCGGUAUGGCGAAAACUGCUACUGUUGCAAUAACCGCGGGCCCCGUCCUAAAUAAUGAGGCUGAUGAUGACGGGCAUUAUGGGAUGAAGUUCGUAGUUAGUAGCUGGUUGAUUCAGUCCUUAGACAAAAUAUUCUCAAACUCUAUGCUUGUUAUAGUUUUUUUAGCAUAAAUAUACUUUUAUUAUUAUUUUUCCGAAAGUCUGUGACAUUCCAGUUCCAUCUAUGUUGGCAAAUGCUUUACCAUAACAUUUAUAACCGUUAAUUGAAUUUGAUUUAGUGAUUUUCUACAUGGCAUUCCUUACGUCUUAUAUAUGGCCACCAGUUAUCAA